AAAUCUGCUCCUGCUGCUGCUUCCUCUCUCUCUCAGUUCGUACCUGGCUGUCGGGAUUUGUUCCACCUGUCUGCGGGACCCGGAUCUGGAUUCUUUAUUAUUAUUAUUUGUAUUUAUUUCUUUCUUUCCUCGGCGCGGACCGACGCGGCUCACCUGAGAACAGACAUGAAGUGCGCCCUUGGUCUCUUCGCCACGCUGCUGUGGUACCUGGCGCUGAGUCCGUCGAGGGCGGCUAAGAUCAUAGUGGUGCCCCCGAUCAUGUUCGAGAGCCACCUGUACAUCUUCAAGACGCUGGCGUCGGCUCUCCACGCCGAGGGCCACGAGACGGUGCUCCUGGUGUCCGAGGGCCGGGACAUGGCGCCCUCGGAGCACUACCGCCUGCAGCGCUACCCGGGCCUUUUCAACAGCUCCUCGGCGGCCGACGACUUCCUGCAGUCCAAGGUGCACAACAUCUUCGCCGGCCGGCCCACGCCGCUGGAGCUCUUCGACAUCCUGGAGCACUACGCGCAGAACUGCGACGGCGUGGUGGGCAGCGCGGCGGUGAUGGAGCGGCUGCGCGAGGAGCGCUUCGACCUGCUCCUGGUCGACCCCAACGAGAUGUGCGGCUUCGUCCUGGCGCACAUCCUGGGCGUGCCCUACGCCGUCUUCAGCACCGGGCUGUGGUACCCGGCCGAGGUGGGCGCCCCGGCGCCGCUGGCGUACGUGCCGGAGUUCAACUCGCUCCUGACGGACCGCAUGUCGCUGAUGCAGCGCGUGACCAACACGGCCGUCUACGUGGCGUCGCGCAUCGGGGUCCUACUGAUCGUGCUGCCCAAGUACGACCGCAUCAUGAGGAGGCACGGCGUGGACCCGCCCGCGUCCAUGCACGAGCUGGUGCAGGGAAGUCACCUGUGGAUGCUGUGCACUGAUUUGGCGCUGGAGUUCCCGCGGCCCACGCUGCCGCACGUCGUCUACGUGGGUGGAAUCCUAACCAAGCCGCCGAGCCCUCUGCCUCAGGAGUUUGAGGCCUGGGUGAACGACACGGAUGAGCACGGGUUUGUGGUGGUAUCGUUCGGGGCCGGAGUGAAGUAUCUGUCCGAGGAUAUCAGCUCCAAGCUGGCCGGAGCUCUGAGCCGCCUACCGCAGAGAGUCAUCUGGAGGUACUCGGGAGCUCCCCCCAGGAACCUGGGCCAGAACACCAAACUGGUGGAGUGGAUGCCGCAGAACGACCUGCUGGGACACAGGAACACGCGGGCGUUCCUGAGCCACGGCGGCCUGAACAGCAUCUACGAGGCCAUGUACCACGGCGUGCCGGUGGUGGGCGUGCCGCUCUUCGGCGAUCACUACGACACCAUGACCCGCGUGCAGGCCAAGGGCAUGGGCAUCAUGCUGGAGUGGAAGAGGAUGAGCGAGGAGGAUCUGUACAGCGCCAUGGUCAGCGUCAUCACCGAGGACAGGUAUCGCCAGCAGGCCGUGAAGCUGUCCGAGAUCCACAAGGAUCAGCCGGGCCACCCCGUGACCCGCGCCGUGUACUGGAUCGGGUACAUCCUGCGCCACCGGGGCGCCGAGCACCUCCGCUCGGCCGUCUACACCGUCCCCGUGUACCAGUACUUCCUGCUGGACGUCGUGGGGAUCCUGGCGGCGGCGCUGCUCGUCGUGUGCUACUGCCUGUACCGGGUGGCUCGCCUGGCGCGCCGCCUGCUCUCCGGGAAAUCCGGCGGCGCGUCGGGCGCCGAGAAGGCCAACGGACACUGCCACAACGGGCUGGCCAACGGCAAGCACCGGCGGAACGGCCACGUCAAGAGCACGGACAAGAAGCUGAAUUAACGCUCGGGCCGGCGCGGCUCCGUAGACGCUAAAGCUACGCUAAACGAGAACACUAAUGACUAGCCAGGCAAUAAAAACCGGACGCCAAACCGGGCGGGAACGCCGAGCGCCAAGUUCCACGGACGCGAACGUCAAUGAAGGACUGUUUAUUUAGUUUGCUUGUUUUUUUACUUCUUAGCGCGUAGCUAAUGCUAACGACGUCGAGCGCCAGGCGUCUGUACAUAUUAACCCAACGCCCCCCCCCCCUUCCCCCGAUCUAUUUAUUCCGUCACCGCGACGUUCGGUUUUUAAGCCCGCGUGAUCGUGUCCGGCUUGUUUCGUUUUUUUUUUUUAGGUAGACGUAGAUAGCUAGCUAGCUAGAAGUCUAGCCCGCCGUCUGGGCGACUCCUAUCGGCUUGGUUUUGAAAUUCUAGGCGAACGGCGACCAAUGAGAAUGACUUUUGGUUUAUUUAUUCAUCUGAGCGACUUCGUCUCCAUUCCUGCUCAUCUUCAACUCCUCAUUUCCCGCCUUUUACCCCCCGCCGAGUUAACGAUUGGUCCUCCGAUCUUAACGUCGUGUCGUAAACCUUCGGUACUGUGGCGGAAACCAUCCGACGUUCUGGACCUCUGGUCUGACACUUCCAGUAACAUUCCACUCAAAUCUGUAGUUGUUAGCCGCUCAGAAGCCAGAAGUAUGUGGACGCCCCCCCCGGUCCUAACAGGUCCAUUUAACUUCUUUGGAAAGUAUCGGAACCACGACCACCUGACGUAAACUUUCGGUACUGUAGUGGAAUGAACCCGACGUUCUGGUCUGUUGGUUCUCUGGUCCUCUGGUUUAUUAAUCCUUUGGUCCAUUGGUCCUCUGGUUUGUUGGUCCGUUGGUCCCAGAUCCGUGGGCCUUUGGUCCUCUGGUCUGUUGGUUUAAUGAUGUUGGUCCAUUGGUCCUCUCAUCUGUUGGUCCUCUGGUCCAUUGGACUUUUGAUCCAUUGGUUUGUUGAUCCAUUGGUCCUCAGGUUCAUUGGUCUGUUGGUUCUCUGGUCUGUUGGUCCUCUGGUUUGUUGGUUUUCUGGUUCUUUGGUUCAUUGGUCCUCGGGUUCAUUGGUCCGUUGGUUCAAUGAUGUUGGUCCAUUGGUCCUCUGGUCUGUUGGUCCUCUGGUCCUUUGGUUCAUUGGUCCUCUGGAUCAUUGGUCCGUUGGUCCUCUGGCCUCUUGGUCCUCUGGUUUGUUGGUUUUCUGGUUCAUUAACCCUUUGGUCUGUUGGUCCCAGAUCCGUUGGUCUGUUGGUCCUCUGGUCCAUUGGUUUGUUGGUUCAAUGAUGUUGGUCCAUUGGUCCUCUGGUCCAUUGUGUUUUUGAUUUGUUGGUUCAUUGAUUCGUUGGUCCUCUGGUCUGUUGGUCCAAAUCUUAAGUUGUUAGCUUCUCAGAAGGCGCCACAGAAAGCCAGAAGUAUGUGGACACCCCCCAGUCCUAACAGGUCCAUUAAACUUCUUUGGGAUGUAUUGGAACCCCAACCACAGGCCAGACCUUCUUGUCUAACAUCCGACGCUUUGGUCAUAAUUGCUAUUCGACAAGCUCACGGUCGGGUGUCCACAUACUUUUGGCUAGAUAGUUUCUGGGGGCGUGGCUCUCUCUCCCCUAAACGCUAAACGUCCGGGCGUCUCCGGGUGCGUUUCUCUCUCGCCGUCUUCGCCAUGAGCUUCGGCCGUUCCGUUUAUGACCACGCCCACACUUGAACCCUGUACUGUACGCGGCUGCGAGACGACGGCGGGUGCGACGAGCUAUGAAUGGCGCGACGGCUGAAUCCACCACGCUCGUUUCAUUUCUUUACGGACGCCCCCCCCCCCCCCCCGGUGGUCCGGUCUUUGUUGACGAUUGCAGUAUUAAUAGUUGGUUAAAGCGCUAUGAGAACCUGUGUGUGUGUGUGUGUGUGUGUGUUUCGUCCACCCACGUGCCACUGCGUCAGCGAUAAACAACGUCGCCCCCCUCUGGCCGGAGGACGCCACAGAUCCCGCCGACCGCUUAAAAACAAUAAACUGGAGGUCUUCACCUGCGUCGAGCCGGCACCUGAUUGGCUGAAGACACGCGACUGUGGCAUGAAGUGUGUGUGUGACCACGCCCGCUGCUCCCAGCUCGUCUAUAUACUUAAUAUAAAAUCAGUCCCUGAUUUCUUCUGAUUUUAGUCCCUGAUUUCUCCUGAUUUUAGUCUCUGAUUUCUUCGUAUUUUAGUCCCUGAUUUCCUCUGAUUUUAGUCCCUGAUUUCUUCGUAUUUUAGUCUCCGAUUCCUUCUGAUUUUAGUCCCUGAUUUUUUCUGAUUUUAGUCCCUGACUUCUUCUUAUUUUAGUCUCCGAUUCCUUCUGAUUUUAGUCCCUGAUUUUUUCUGAUUUUAAUCCCUGAUUUUUCUGAUUUUAGUCCCUGAUUUUUUCUGAUUUUAGUCCCUGAUUUUUUCUGAUUUUAAUCCAUGAUUUCUUCAGAUUUUAGUCCCUGAUUUCUUCUGAUUUUAGUCCCUGAUUUCUUCUGAUUUUAGUCCCUUAUUUCUUCUGAUUUCCAUCCCCGAUUGACUGAUUUCAGUCUCUGAUUUCUUUUCGUCCUUUUCACCUUCUUUCGCUCUGUUCCUGCUGAUUUAGUGAAUGUCAGAUCUUAGAUGUUUUGACGUUUUAUUUUGUAUUUAAUAAUGAUUGAAAUAUUUGAUGUCUGUGGUGUGUCUGUGUUGUCGUGUAAAUAAAGUCUGUAAACAAAAA